CGGUAACCAGUGUGUUUGUGUGGGUUGAUGUGAUUAUUAUCUCCUGUGCAGACCUUGAUCAUCUCCUUUGCAUAUCACGUGUCUGUCCGGGGCCAAUAACCUUGCGAUGGUUCCGUGCGGGUAUGGUUCCCCUGCCAAAGAGUCCCUGUCUGGGUGCAUUCGGUCGAGGGGGGUUCGAGGAAAAAGAGGCGCACGCGUGCACGUGUCGGGACAUGCUAUGACCGCGUCAUUGCUGCUGCACUCGCACUGGGCCGAGCCGCUCAUGUUCGUCUACGACAGCAGCGCGGACGAGCGCGCCAAGAACAUGCAGGACGCGCCGUUCCCCGGGGGGAACUUUGCGCCCAACCAGUGCAGGAAUCUGCUGGCGCAUCCCGCCUCUCUGGCUCCGAGCAGCACCGCCUACGCCACCGGCGACGUGCCCGCGUCCGGCGUCGUGGAAGCGGCCAAGCAGUGCAGCCCGUGUGCGGCCACGCAGAGCUCACCAAACGCUUCCCUCCCGUACGGAUACUUUGGCGGCGGUGGCGGCGGCGGGGGCUACUACCCGUGCAGGCCGGUGUCGCACGGCUGCCCCAAGGCCUGCGCGCAGGCCGCCUCUUACGGGGACAAGUACGGGGACUCGUCGGUGCCCGCGGAGGAGUUCUCCAGCCGGGCUAAGGAGUUCGCCUUCUACCAGGGCUACUCCCCGGCUCCCUACCAGGCGAGCUACUUGGACGUGCCCGUGGUCCCCGCGCUGAGUGCGCCCCCCGAGCCCAGACACGAACCCCUCCUGCCCAUGGAGCCCUACCAGCCGUGGUCCAUCACCACCAAUGGCUGGAGUGGCCAAGUAUAUUGCGCCAAGGAGCAGACCCAGGCCAAUCCACUGUGGAAGUCAUCUUUGCAAGCAGACGACACUUGCGGCGUUGGCGCAGACAGCCAAGUGCGUCGUGGCAGGAAGAAGCGCGUCCCCUACACCAAGUUGCAACUCAAAGAACUGGAAAGGGAGUACGCCACCAAUAAGUUCAUCACCAAGGACAAGCGCAGGAGAAUAUCUGCGCACACCAACCUGACAGAGAGACAAGUGACCAUCUGGUUUCAGAACCGACGCGUCAAAGAGAAGAAAAUCGUCAAUAAAUUCAAGAGCUCCUGUUAGCUUCUCGUCUAUUUCGCUUUUGGGGGGAAAAAUGGACACAGACGUGCCUUGAUCGCAAAUAAACUGUGCUAUAAUUUAUUACCUUCACCUUUGCCGCCAGAGUGCCUCCUUUCACGUUUUUUUUCCUCCAUCCUCGCCUUUUAAUUGGAAACAGUCCACGCGGCGCGUUGACAGAAAGUCGGAACUGUUCGCAUCAGGCGAUUGAUAAACUUCCACGUUUGCCCCACCUCGUUAGAGCCACUGCUUCCCACGCAUAUUCGUCUUAAUUAGACGUCAUUGUUAAUAUUCACAAAAAGUCAAAACCCGAAGUAGUUUUGAAAUUGAACGAACAAGCCAGUGGAAUUUUGCGAAAACGUUUGAUUAUCAGUGUUAAUGUAUAAAACGUCAACAUGUCUUCAAGGGUCCAUCACAACAAAAGGCUCCAUAUAAAUCAACGUUUUCAGAUGAACAAAUAUGAUGCAACAAUCGAACAAAUCUAUUGCAGUUUCUAUGCGGUUUGAUAUUACAGUUUCUAU